AAGGUAACAAACCUAGCUGGCUUGUUACUGGUACUGACAUGAAAUUGCCAAGCCAAUUUGGUGCUAGGAGCAGGGAUAAAACCUGGUUUGGGUAAAAUCCUAAGGUUAAUUCUCUCCAUAUUGCCAAGCACACUGGGAACUUUGCUAUAGUUAGAGAAGCAGAACUAUAGCAAAGGCCUUCUCAGAGGCAAAUCACUAAAGAGAACAUAAAUAUGCCAGAAUAGGAAGGAGACCAUCACAUAUGUACCUAGGGAUCUAAUUAUAGAUAUCCUGUCUUAUCAAGACAGCGUUGAAAGAGUAAGCUCAGUAAGCUCGUUGUAAUUUACCUAUGUAGAAGCAUAAGCUUAUGGAUAAAAGGAGGGGCCAGACAGAAACAUGACCAAACCAAACAAUCAGAUUAGGAUCACAAGUGGUGGUUGAAAAUGGCUGAAAAUCAAAUCCACAAAUGAAAAUCAAGGGAAAAUCAAGGGAACUAAUGUCACUGAACCAUAUGACUGUAUACUGGGCACUUUAUACCCACAAUUUCACCUCACAUCAGCCUCUUCCUCUCAUAACAGUUCAGGCCAAUACAAUUCUAGUUCCUAGAAUUUGCCUUCACUUUCCCUCCACUUUCUCUAAAACAUACCCCUGCACAUACCCCUAAACCUUCCAACCCCAUUAGCAACCCUGCCUAACUCCUCCAUCCCCUUCUGGCGUAGGUGCCAUUCUCCCAAUCACCGGCAGGGUAAGUGUGCCCUAUGAGAACGUCUAUGCAGCAGGUUGUCCAUCCAUUUUCUCUCUCACACGCAUCCUCUGCUCCUAGAAGUCUGACACACUAACUGCACACCCCAUCUCCACAGCAGCAUUUCUCACUCCAGACCCAAGCAAAUCCUCUCCAGCUUUCAGCAUUCAGCUCUGGUACCUCACUUCUCCAUGAAUGAUUCCCUGAUUAACCUGUUUAAAUACAAAUAUAUGACUUGUGAAGCCUUGGUUUGGGGAAGCUAAGAUCUCCUCAAUGCUAUAGCACAAUCAUACAUAAAUGAAAACUUUUAGGAGGGGUCGAAUGAGAGCAGUCCCAAGGACAGCAGGGAAGGGGCUCUCGGGAAGCAGAAGAAUUGGAGUCCUGGCGCGCUGCUCGGGUGUCCGCGCUCUGGCCUUCGCGGCGCUCCUUGUGCUGCUUUUCUUUUCCCGGGGCUCGCGGGUCGCGGGCAGCUCCGCUGGGGUCGCCGCGAUGCUUGACGGGCCCCGGAGGGAGCGGCCGCGUGCGCGUGGAGGGGCCCUGCGCGGUGGAGAGCGAGUAGGCGCGGGAAGAGGAGGGGGUGCUGGGAUGAAUGAACGGGGCCAAGAACUGGGGUGCCGCGGGGCGUGAGCGCGCCCCCUCCCGGCCGCUCCCGCGGGGAAGGACCCCCGACAGAAAAGCGUACCCGGUGGAGUACACGCUGCGGGAGCGGCUGCCGCACCGCCUGCCCCGGAGGCCCAAUGACAUCUACGUCAACAUGAAGACGGACUUCAAGGCCCAGCUGGCGCGCUGCCAGAAGCUGCUGGACGCAGGGGCGCGGGGUCAGAACGCUUGCGCCGAGAUCUACAUCCACGGCUUGGGCCUGGCCAUCAACCGAGCCAUCAACGUUGCCCUCCAGCUGCAGGCGGGCAGCUUCGGCUCCCUGCAGGUGGCGGCCAACACGUCCACCGUGGAGCUCGUGGACGAGCUGGAAACGGAGAGCGACGCGAGAGAGCCGCUCACGCGCAACCGCAAUAACUCGGCCAUCCACAUCCGCAUCUUCAGGGUCACCCCCAAGUAACUGAGGCGAGCGGCGCCUGGCCAGCCCUCCACCACCGGGUUGGACCACGGCCUGGCCUCCCCCUUGUCCCCAGGACGCUGAAUUUGUUUGGUUUGGGGCCACGCCCAGCGGUGCUCAGAGCUUACUCCUGGCAUCCUCAGCGGACCCUAUGGGAUGCCCGGUCUCGAGCCUGGUUCUUCCUGAGCAAGGCAAGCGCCAUACGUGCUGUAUUAUAUUUCUGGCCCCGAGGACUGAAUUGGGGGGUCGGGGAGGGAUGUUGUCUAUUGGGCCGAACGGCCGGUCUUUGUGAAUCUGUGUUCCGUUACUGUUGUCUUAGACAAUAAAAAAGUAUCACUUUAGUGUCCACCAAAAAAAAAAAAAAAAAGAAUUGCAGUCCUGCCUAACCAACCUCAUCAGCCUUAUACACUCGUGAAGGAGGGAUGAGUUC